AGACCACUUAAGUGAUAAAUAUUAUAUAAAUCGCCGCUGUAUAUACCAGUAGUUGUUCCAUCAGCAAGAAUCACACAGAAAUUACACAGGAAUCAUUAAAUUUAGCUCUUGAAGAAAUAAAAAGCAAUGGGAUGACAUGUUACAAGGCUUCAAAGUUAUAGUGUUCCGAAGAAAAUCUACUGGACAAAAUUAAAUACAAGUAUUCAAAAGGCUGCCCAGGAUCUCCAGCUGUGCUAACGACAGAAGAAGAAAGUUUUAUUGUCAAAUGGGUUUGUUAUCUGGCGGAAAUAGGCUUUCCAGUAACAAAAUAUCAACUUGUAAACUGCGUUACUAUCUUGGUUAAGGAAAUAAAUUAAAAAUAAUUCCGAAGAAUUUUUACAAAGUUUUGAGAAAAGAUUGCCGGCUGAAAAGCUUAAACUGUUUAUUGAGUGCAGCGGAACUUGGAAGGGUGAUGUUAAAGACGAAAACUUAUUUUACUUUUGGAGAAGUGUUAAGAAUGAGCAAACAAGCAGCUACAUUGCAAGUAUUUCUAUUUCCGAUCUUAAUAUUACGAGUAUUUUAGCUAACAACGACUGUUUAUUGGAUAUCGAAAACAUGAGUAUUGAUUUCAUAGAUUCCAAUGAAGAAUUAGUUAACAAACAUAAUUUGAGCAGCUCAACUCCAUCUUGUGCCGUGAAGUCCAAGCAGCGUGAAGUAGUACAUAUAUUGGACAGUAUACCUUGCCCAGUAGCUCAAGCCAUUAACUUCGAAGACAUCCCAACAACUGUCAACCAUCCACCAAGACCUCAGUUGCCCCCUAGGGAGGCGAAUGACAAUGCAGACGUGGUUAAUAUUAAUUCGAGAACACCACCAAAAAGAACAAUUAAUGCAAUAGAAAUAAAAAAAUCUGAAUUUCCAACGCCUUUCAAAAAUGCUCUUUUCUGGCCAGAGCCCCAACCAGUGAACCCGAACAAAAAAAUUGUCAAGAAAAAAUUAACCCCAACUGUCGCCACUGCUUCUGAAUACAUUGAGUAUCAGCGACGCUUGGAUGAAGAAAAAAAGAUUAAGAAAGAAAAGAUAAUUUUAAAAAAGAAAGAAAAGCAAGGUUUAAAGGUGAAAGUAAGACGGAACAUUAAUAAUAGUUUUAAUCCAGGAGACUAUGUUGUAGUAAGGUAUGAAGGCGAGAAAUUUCCUGUGCAGGUGUUAAAAGUUACUAAUGGGAAUCCAGAAAAAUUUCAAAUCAAAACCAUGACAAUGAGUGGAUCUAACUGGAGUUGGCCAGGAAAAGAAGAUAUUUUAGAAUACGACGCCGAUGAAGUAGUUAAAAAAAUUAAUUUACCUCAGCCUAUAAAUAAGAGAGGAAUAUUUUCAAUACCUGAUAUGUAAUAAACUAAAAUUUAAUAUUGAACUGACUUUAUGUAUAUUAAUGUAAUUGAAAUUAUUUUAUUUCACGUACAAGCAAUUGAUUGUAUACAGUUUUACUAACUAAAUACUUAUUAUUUUAUGUUUAUAUAUCGCAUCAA